AGCUCUCAUCUCCAACUCUUCUACCAUCCACCAUUUCCAUUUCCAUUUCUCGUCCCCUUCCCAACAUGACAGUCUUUUGCAAUCCCAAAUUAAGCACAACCCCUCCACACCACACACCACCCCCUUCCCUUCCUCCACCCCGAACGGCGGCUCCUCCCCAUCCCCGGCUCACCAAUGGCCGCUGUUCGAACACUCCGUCUCAUCCUCAUCCUCUGGCUCGCUUCACUCUCCGUCUCCGACCCCGAAGCCGAUGCCCUCCUGAGGCUCAAGCAGUCCUUUCAGGACGAUAACGAGGCUCUGGGUUCUUGGGUCGCCAGCUCCCAUCCCUGCAGUGGAUGGAAGGGGGUCGUGUGCUUCAACAAUAUUAUCACCGGCCUUCACCUCUCCGACCUGGGGCUUGCGGGGAAAAUUGACGCGGAAGCUCUUCUGCUCAUCCGCAGCCUCAGGACCAUUAGCUUCGUGAACAAUGAUUUCUCGGGCCCCAUCCCCGAGUUCAACCGCCUAGGAGCCCUCAAGUCCCUCUUGUUGUCCAAGAACCACUUCUCCGGGGAAAUCCCAGCGGACUUCUUCUCCCGUAUGUCGUCCCUAAAGAAAGUUUGGCUCUCGCAGAACAAUUUCACAGGCUCAAUACCGAAGUCACUCACACAGCUUCCCAACCUGAUGGAGCUACACCUCGAGCAGAACCAAUUCUCGGGGACUAUUCCCUCAAUGGAAAGGGAGAAGCUCGUUUCGUUAGACCUUUCGUACAACAAAUUGGAAGGAAAGAUUCCGGAUGGCGUAUCGAAAUUCGGCCCCAAUUCUUUCAAGGGAAAUGAAGGACUAUGUGGAAAACCACUGACUACAAUAUGUUCAGACCCGACCCAGAAGCCCCCGGACGACAUGCCAACUCCGAGCUCUUCCCCACAGGAUGAGACGAAGAAGACUGGACAAAGUUCUCAGAUGAUAAUUUGGACCGUAUUUGGGUUACUAGCCGCAGGAGUUCUCCUGUCGGCGAUAUACAAUUCUAGGAAAAGGGAAACCCAAUUCAGCAUCCUGGGGAAGGAGGUCGUGCACGAUGCAGUGGAAGUGCACAUCUCGAGCAGGGGCUCGUCAGGCAGGAAAGGAAGCAUGUCCAAGAGAGGGUCCUCGAGGGGCGGCAGCAAGCACGACAUUGGAGACCUCAUAAUAGUGAACGGCGAAAAGGGCACAUUCGGGCUGUCAGACCUAAUGAAGGCAGCUGCAGAGGUUUUAGGAAAUGGCGGACUAGGGUCGGCGUACAAAGCUGUGAUGACCAAUGGCCUAGCCGUGGUGGUGAAGAGGUUGAGGGAGAUGAACAGGUUAGGAAGAGAGGGGCUCGAUGCUGAGAUGAGGAAGUUUGGGAGUCUCCGCCACCAGAACAUACUCACACCUCUCGCUUACCAUUACCGGAAGGAGGAGAAACUCCUCGUGUCCGAGUACAUUCCCAAGGGCAGCUUGCUAUACGUCUUGCAUGGUGAUCGAGGAGAUUUCCACGCUGAGUUGACUUGGCCUACUCGUUUGAAGAUCAUUCAGGGAAUAGCACGUGGGUUAGAUUUCCUACAUUCCGAGUUCGCCUCGUACGAUCUACCUCAUGGAAACCUCAAGUCGAGCAAUGUACUUCUGGGUGACAAUUACGAGCCAUUACUGAGCGACUAUGCGUUCCAUCCAUUCAUCAACGCCCCUCAGGCUGCACAGACGAUGUUUGCCUACAAAGCCCCCGAAUAUGUGCAGUACCAACAACUUACCCCCAAGUGUGACGUUUACUGUCUCGGGAUCAUCAUCCUCGAGAUCCUGACCGGUAAGUUCCCGUCUCAGUAUCUCAACAACGGCAAGGGAGGCACCGAUGUUGUUCAGUGGGUACAAUCGGCGAUUUCCGAGAACAGAGAGGUGGAAGUCAUCAACCCUGAGAUAGCCACGUCUACGGGUUCCACAAAUGAGAUGUUGAAGCUCCUCCACAUCGGGGCUUCCUGUACUGAGAGUAAUCCCGAGCUCCGUCCCGACUUGAGGGAAGCCACUAGGAGGAUAGAAGAGGUGCAAGUUUGAGAAAUGUCCGAACCCCACAACAUGUGCUGUAGAUCGAAUUUUACAAGUGUGGCAUUUUUUUUUUUUUUAAUAUUUAGGAGGGCAGAACAAAGGGUGUAGGAAAAUACUUUAAUUGUUAGCCAUGGUUCUUGGAGAUUCCUAAUGCUAACAACAUUAACUUCUUUUAGUUCUCUCCCAGCAACUAUUAAUUCAAUCAAGUCAAAAAGAUGAAAGGGAAAAAAAAA